UUUCAGUGUUGUGGGGUGAUCUACUUCACUGAUUGGCUGGAGAUGACAGAGAUGGAGUGGCCACCUGACUCCUGCUGCACUCAUCAGUAUUCAGGCUGUGCUCGCCACGCAUACUACCAUGACCUCAGUGACCUGCACCAGGAGGGCUGUGGUCCAAAAAUCUACAGUUUCAUUCGAGGAACGAAGCAGCUGCAGGUUUUGCGUUUCCUUGGUGUGUCCAUCGGAGUGGCUCAAAUCCUGGCCAUGGCACUCACACUAAUGUUGCUCUGGGCCCUCUAUUAUGGACGGAAGUGUCCUGAGCUGGACUCUCAGACAUGUCCUGCUCUGCUGGAUGACCUCACACAGGGAACAGAGUCCCACAGUGCUGCCAAACCUGCCAAGACUGAACAAAAACAGGUACUGCUAAGCUGAAAGGACUUCAGGUGGAGAAGAGCUCAUAGAGCAGGAUGAACACAAACCCAACCAGUCCUGUGGUUUCUUCUAGAAGUUCUGUCCAACGGUUCCCUCAGGACACCUGGAACCAGACUUCAUGGAGCUUAAGGAGGUCAAAGCUUGUGUGAUGCAGGAAACAUGAAGAAGAAAUCCUUGUUAUCUCAGCUGAAUAACUAAGUUCUGCUGCUUUAUGUCAGAGUCAAGGUCUUUGUUCUGAUUGGUCCGAGCAAAGAGCUCCGCCCACUGAACCACACCUGGUAAUUAUUAUUAAAGAAAAGCAGGUUUCAGUUGGCCUUAUCUGAAUAAAAACACAGCUGUUGGUGGUCCUGACAUGACUUCUCACCAUUAAUGGUGAAAAGGUCUUUUUAUUAAUAGUGACUGUUCUGAACCUGAUUCUCACCACUAACACAAGGACCUUCUCACCUUUAAUCCAAAGGCCUUUCCCACCACCUGCAGAAAGUGAACCUGGACAGUUCUUCUGUCAUCUGAUGAAGAUGAUAUUUUACUGACAAAAUUUCUGCAGAACUGAAAUGUGAUUCGGUUCAGAACUGAUUUCCUGCUGUUUAAUAUUUAUCUUACAGAUAUUAUGUUUAUAAAUCACUGGAAUAAAAGCUAYAAAAUAUGAAA